AUGGAAUGUAAUAUACAUAUACAGGAGCCUGUUGAAACCUCUGCUCCCAGGAGGCCGAGAGGAAGGCCGAGAGGCAGUAAAAAUAAAGGCCAGCGGGUCACAGCCAAAGUAGAGCCACCUAGAGAACGUAGACCUCGAGGUAGACCAAGAAAAUGGCCUCAGAAGACCGUUCAUCAGGAAGAACAGCAGCCUCAUCCUGCGGUUCAAGGGAUGGAGUCAACAGAGGAGCCCCCCAUUCAGACUCUGCCCGCUGAGCUACCAUCGCAGGAGAGUGACUAAAACUACCUCAGUGUUGACUUUGAUACUACGUCAGGGGUAAAUCUCAAUGCCUCCAUGUACACUGUAAAGAGUGAAUAUGUGCCAGUGCUCAAAUUGCGCCCAAAAUUGAGGACUCGCUUUGUGCCCUUGGCAAGAUCAGACUACAUUUGUCUAAAGUAACCCUAAAAUCUGUAUACUUCCACCACAAGUCUUUAUGGUGAACACCUGUCUGCAAGUUACACUGCCAUUUUAAGAACUGAAAAUAAUAUCUUCUCUUUAUUAUGUGGAUUCUUAAUGGAACGGUUUACCCAAAAA